UGUACCUGUCUGAGGCAUCUCCUUCACAAAAACUGAAGCCCAUUGGCUCUACCACUGGGAUUUGUUUGGCAUGCCUCCAACCCCUGAAGCAACAGCAAACAACAGCAACUACAACACUUCGAUUUCCGUGUCAAUAAGAGAAUCUUAAUUUCUUCUUCUUAUCACACUUCAAUUUAAUAUAUAUUUAUAUAUAUGUCUUUUCAGUAUAUGCAAGUGAUGGAGAAUGUGAGGGCCAAAGUCUUCCAUUAUCAACCAGAGCUCUACCUGAAGUUAGUUAGCUAGCUCUUUUGGUUUCCUUUUCUUUAGACUUCCCUUUUUAUCCGCUUUCUUUGCAAUCUGCUGAACGACAAUCAAGACUGAGAUCUUCUUUCAGCUCCUGAAAUUCUUACAGAUAAGAUUACCUAUAUCAAAUGUAGAGCAUUGAUACUCUUGUAGAAUUGGAAGAUAUUUUUCAUGUGAUGUGAAAUAUAUUUUGUGGCCCAAAAUGGCUGAAUGGAUGUAAAGCAAAGGGAACUAAUAGACAAAUCAUAAGAGCCAGCGCAAGAGGCGGAUUUCAGGAGUGCCCUCAUCGCUCUUCUCACAAAAUAAAAUAAAUAGUCUAUCAAUAUCACGGUGGCAGGAAUAUCCUUUGCUUAACUUGUUUCCAAUUUACUGUUUUCUUAUUCGUUAAUCUCAGUGAUCAUUUUACAGGUGGAUAUAUAGGUGAGUCAAUUGCAGUAGUUCUCAUAAAGGCAGAAUUUAGCUUCAACGCAUCCUUUGUUAAACCUUCAAUCUUCUUCAAUGGAGAAGCUUCUUAACCCAUAUGAUAAAGAAUUCAUGAGGAUGGCCAUGUUAAAGCAUGAAGAAACGUUCAAAGAGCAGGUACAUGAACUCCAUCGUCUAUAUCAAAUCCAGAAGAUACUGAUGAAGAACAUUGAAAUCGGCAAGUCUAAUGGGCGGAAUCAAGAAAAAUGGAACCCAAAGAAUGGAUUUUCCUUCAACCAGCUGAGAAAUCAACAACUCAACUUGCAACAUAAGUCAAGUAUGCAGCUUGACAUGGAGCAGCCUGUUGAGGUUAAAAUCAAUGAAUCAAAUGGCAAUGGAGUUUUGGAGAUCAUAGAUGAAAGUGACAUUCAGCUGACACUGGGACCAACAACUUACACACGGCGGAAGAAACCCGAGACAUCGCCGCAUACUUCUGAUUCCGGUCGAAGCUUUUCUUCUUCUUCCACGGGAUCCAGCCAUAUAAACAGGACAGGUUUCCAGACCCAGAAGGGGAAUAAUAGAGGUAGAGAAUUAUUAAGUGGCUGCGAAUUGGGGCUUGCCACACAGUUUGGGUAUCAUAGUGGAGGUAAAAACACUAUAGAUAAUGAAGAACAAUUGGGACAGCAGCAGGAAAUUCUAAACCAGCCAGCAUGGCUAUUCCAAAUUUUGAGUCUCAACAUGACUUGAAAAUCUCCUUAGUGCAUAUAAAAAUCUUUUAGACUGCUUCCUGUCGACUAAUAUUUUUGUGAUAACUGAUGCAAGCUUGGCAUUUUCUUCUUAGUUUUUAGUAUAACGGGUGAUAUAGUCCUUUGUAAAGUUGUUUUCCACUGCUUGCAAAAUCCAUUAUAAUUACAUAUUGACUUUAGCCAAA